AUGCAAGCUCCAAUGCAGCAACACUAUGCUCGGGCUAUGCCCCCAAACGCACAACGAUCCCCAGCCGCACCACGUCGCCCCCCAGGGCCGGGCGGCGCAAUGCCUGUUCCGAUGCCACAGCACGCGGUUCCUCAACAGUACAUGGCUGCGCGUGCCAUGGCCCACCCCAGCGAUGCUUCCCUUCGGCGCAGCCGCAAGCCGACCGACAAGAACCUCCCCGAUGGCAUUGAAGACGUGAUCAUCGGCGAAGGUGUUCAACAAUACAAGAACCUUCGCGAUUUAGAAAAACGGUUGGAUGCUGCCGUUGUGCGCAAGAGGCUAGAUAUUCAGGAUUCCAUCAACAAGACCGUCAAGAAGUAUCGGACUAUGCGCAUCUGGAUCUCUAAUACUGCUGAAAGCCAGCCGUGGCAGGGCCCGGGUAACAAUCCAGGCUCGGGUCGAUACAAAGUACGCAUCGAAGGGCGGCUAUUGGAUGAUGAAACCGAUCCUACGGUUCCCGCUGAGGACGAGAAAGAUGACGACGCCAUGGAUCACGACGGAGCCGAGGAGGAUAAGACGAACAAGUCCGAAACUAAAAGCUCGUCUCAGCGUUUCUCGCAUUUCUUCAAGGCCAUCACCAUCGAUUUUGAUAAGCCCGCUGCAGCAAUUCCUGACGAGGUUAAACCAGUCAACUGGUCUAAACCAAACACGCAUGCCAACACACCAGCGCCCCCGAACGCUGAAUUCGAUAGUCUGCAGUUCUCUCGAGCCUCGCAGGAUAAUUUGAAUGUCACCAUUAGUCUUGUCCGUGACGAAAUCCCAGAGCGAUACAAGCUUAGCAAGGAGCUGGCUGAGGUUCUGGAUGUUGAGGAAGAGACCCGCAGUGGAAUUGUUCUCGGGCUUUGGGAUUACAUUCGUGCUAUGGAAUUGCAGGAAGAUGAGGAGAAGCGACAAGUCCGCUGUGAUCACCGUCUGCGCUCGAUCUUCAAUCGGGAGCAAAUGUUCUUCCCCCAAAUCCCUGAAAGCAUUGGUCAUCACACCAGCCCAAUGGAACCAAUCAAGCUCCCUUAUACCAUUCGCGUGGACGAAGAGUUCCACGCUAAUCCUACGCCGACGGUCUACGAUAUCCAGGUUGCAGUUGACGACCCCCUGCGUACUAAGAUGAUGGCUCUCACUCAAAACCCGGCGUACGCAGCUGGCCUGCGCCAAAUCUCCUCACUUGAUGAGCAAGUUGCCCUGAUUGUUCAGGCCCUUACACACUCCCGCGCCCGUCACUCUUUCUACACCGCUUUAAGCAAGGAUCCAGUCAACUUUAUCCGUCGCUGGGUCAGCUCUCAGCGCCGCGAUCUCGAGACUAUCAUGGGCGAAGCUACCCGUGGUGGCGGUGAGGAUGGCAGUGGAUCUGAGUUCCGUUACGGCGGCGUUGAUGGCCCCUGGGACUCUAACGUUGCCAAGGAGGCUGUGCGUUAUAUGUUGGCCAAACCCGAUGCUGCAGCUGCUCGGUAG